UCGAAUCAUCGAAUUGUUCUUCUCUUUACUCUGCGAGAAACUUUUAUUUAUAAUUUAUUUACUUGACCGAAGCUUCGUCCCAAAAAUAUUUUUCGAGCUCCUGUUGUCAAUAUACAAACACGUGAUCUUUUGACAGAAGUGAAUUUAAAUAUUUCAACUUACUCAUUGUAUAUUUAUCGCGCGUACUCCAAAUUGAGCGUCCAAUUGAACGUAUUACGCACAUCUACUAUCUAACUCUACCUCCCUCCCCGGGUUUGACCGUAUAAGCGAGGAAGUAUAGUCACUGACGUGCAAUGACUGUUCGUAUAUAUACCUGGCCAACGCUAAAGGUAUUUGCCCAGUCGUGUGCGGUCUGUCACCGUUUCACGUUAUAAAUCCGUUACUUUGUUUUUUUUUUUUUUACUUGUGAUCCUGAAGAACAGUGAGACUUUUUUGAUAUAUGUAUAUUUCGACAAAAUCAACGGAUGCAACACCACUCACCGCGUCGAAAGAGAAAAAAACGACAAUUAAAAAUCCACAUUUUGGUUUCUUAACGAGAGAAGUUCAUCAAUUUUCCGGACGAUUGUGUGAGAGUUAAUCGAUGUGCGAAAUAAAAUUUGUCUUGCUGUCAAAAUAUCGACCGUAAUUUUUCAGUGUGGAAUUGAAAAAGUUUACGUGCGAACGCACACUGAUGAAUUAUCAGACAACAAUACUGUUGAAAAAUCGGAAAAUUUUUCUCACGGAGUUACAAUCGUCUUUCAUCUUCUUGCGGAGCGCAAGUUCGAAUUAUCUUUGAUUCAACGAGAAAGAUCAACGCAAAGCGGAUAACAACAACAAUCGACGAGCUGACAUCGUCCUCAAAGGACGAUUUACUUGGGAUCGUUGUUUCUUAGUGCAAUUGUGAAUUGUGUGACUUAUCGAAUUUUUGCCGAGAUCUCGUAAAUUAUGUGCCCGCCGAAUGUUUGAAAAUUAAGCCGAUAAAUCGUUAUCUGGUUUGUUAUAUAACAAUUGUAGUAUUUAAAAACGAAAACGCGAAAGAAGACGAAAUCUUGGAUCGGGAUUUACGAUUUUAUUCCAAAAUAUAUGUAUUUUUGCUUUCUACGAGAAGAAAAACAAAAAACAAAAAAUAAAAAAGAGGCAGAGAAGGCGGACAAAGAGAAUAAAAGAUUUCGGAUAAAAAGAAGAUUAGGCGGGAAGUCGAACAAGAAUAUCUCGACAUUUGCAUUCGUUUAGAGAACGAUAUAAACGUGGAUUUAACGUCGUCAACAAGAGGAAAACUACAUUCUACAUAAAUCAAGAGCGCGCAUUUUUUUUUUGCAUUUGCGUCUCGUUGUAAAUUAUAAAAACACUGCCAUGGGUCGAUCAGAAAAAGAAUCAACCACCGGUAAUCCGAUGUCGGAAUUCAGUAGCAGUACGCAGAUAGCUCCGACCGUUAUCGGCGAGUACAAGGAAAAAGAUGAGCUACAAUACAAUCCUUUCGACUAUCGUGACAAACAGCAUGCGACCUCAGAUCUGGGUGCUGCUAUGCACCUCUUGAAAUCCUCUCUGGGAACGGGAAUCCUGGCAAUGCCGUACGCGAUAAUGAACGGCGGGUUGCUGUUCGGUGGUAUUGGCACAAUCAUAAUCGGUCUUAUCUGCGCUCACUGCGUUCAUAUACUUGUACGCACGUCUCACGUGCUCUGUAGACGCACCAAGACACCGCAAUUGACAUACGCCGAAACGGCGUACAUGGCCUUUCUCUACGGACCUAAGAACAUCAGAUCCUGGGCCAACAUGAGCAAGAUAUUCGUAAACACAGCACUGUGCGCGACUUACGUAGGCGGCACGUGUGUUUACGUUGUGUUCGUUGCCACGUCUAUUAAGCAGGUUAUGGACUAUAACACCAACACGGAUAUAGACACACGUCUGUACAUCGUCGCGUUGAUCCCGGGAUUGCUGUUGCUCGGUCAGGUGCGCAAGCUCAAGUACUUGGUGCCGUUCUCAUUGCUGGCCAACUGCUGUAUGAUAAGCGGCUUCGCGAUCACGCUUUAUUAUAUCUUUACCGGUAUAAGAUCGUUCGAGAACAAUAAACUGUUCUCCUCGGCAGGUCAACUGCCCCGUUUCUUCGCAACUGUGAUAUUCGCCAUCGAAGGUAUCGGCGUUGUAAUGCCUGUGGCAAACAACAUGCAAAAACCGAACCACUUUCUAGGAUGUCCUAGCGUACUCAACAUUGUUAUGUCGAUAGUGGUGAGUCUAUACGCCAUAAUGGGAGUCUUCGGUUAUCUCGCCUACGGCGAGAAUUCGGCUCCUAGCAUCACAUUUAAUUUACCUAAAGACGAAGUUCUGGGUCAGACGGUAAAGCUUCUUAUCGCUGUGGCUGUACUGUUUACCUACGGGCUGCAGUAUUUCGUGCCGCUUGAGAUCAUGUGGAACGGCAUGAAACACUGGUUCAGUCAUAAGUACGCAACUAUCGGCGAGACAACGAUGAGAAUAAAUAUGGUUAUGUUCACAGUGGCUGUGGCAGUAGCGAUACCAAAGCUAGACCCAUUCAUCUCUCUGGUUGGUGCAAUAUUUUUCUCUAUCCUCGGUAUCAGUAUUCCAGCCGUCGUCGAGACGGUUUCGUGCUGGGAGAACCACUUGGGACCUUUUAAGUGGCGACUAUGGAAAAACUGUUUCCUAGUUACAUUCUCUGUAUUAGCGUUAAUAUUCGGCACGUGGGUCUCAGUGGAAGAUAUAAUCGAAUUUUAUGGUAAGCAAGACAAAUAAAUAGUAUUUUACUACACAUCACAGUGCCUACCUCUCAAUUCUUUGUACAUCUGAAAUUUUCAAUAGCGCAAUUAAUUAGCGCGCGUGUGUUGUCUGAACGCUAAAUAAUUCAUUGAUUGAUGUGACAUCAGUGAAUUUUGCGUCAUCGAAUUGUGACCGUAAAUGUUUUUCUCGCUUGUCUCCGCCAUAAAGAAAUAUUAUCGCGACUAUUAAAUGUAAAUUCCAAUUACUAGCGGAAUUAAAUGCAAAAAUUGUGGAGCAGAAACAUUAAUCGCUGAAUUUGAUACGCAAACGUUAUGACAUUCAGUGGAGAUGUCCACAAUAAGUAUAUGUGUACAAAGCUAAUGUUAAAGACGAGAUAUAAAAAUUUUGGCAAAAAAAAAAACUAAUAUAAUUUAAUUGCAUUAGUUCUCUAGGUAAACUUUCAAAACAAUUCCGAUUAUUCGGAAUUCUUUACAAUUUCAAAAUUUUACCUCUUCGGUCCACAGCAACGGGAAGUAACCCUCGCUGACGUACGCGAGCAAAUCAACAGGUUGCUGGUUGACUUUUAUAUAUAACAAAUUGCCCUCUUUUAUGACCUAUAAUAUCGGCAUCCCUGUCAUCUCAUGUAUAACUAUAUAUAUCAGUAAAGUGACGUUCCUCAUUCGGGAUGUAAACCUCGCGCGUAAUUUAGUAAAUCAGGAUCAGCGUGCGGAAAAUGCGGUUCAGAAAAAAAGUAGCGGACCGUUCUAAUUAAAUUUUUUCGAUCCAAACAUCACAAACAUUGUAUGAUAAAGCUAUUAUAUAGUUAUUUCACUAUCUGUGUUUAACAAAAGACAAUACAAGAGCGUGCGAGAAUGUUUGUGCAAAUACCUGACAUUUAGUUAGCUCGAUUGAACAUUUGUGGGAUGACAUUUCACUUUCGUCUCAACUUCUAAACAGUAACACUCGUUAUCAUCGCAGAACUUUUUAGACACAGCUUGUAGCGCUUUGUCUCUUCAGUCCUUUUAUUGUAACUUCGUUACUAUAACAGAGGAGCAUCUUUCUGGAAUUUUUAUUUUUUAUACAUGCAACAAAAAUGAAUUAUACGUAUCUACUCUUUUUUAUAUAAAUCUUUUUUAUAUCGUCCGUUUGAAAUAAAAUAUUCUCGCACUUCUAUUUUCACGUUAAAUUGUUAUGGCUGUUGCCAAAUGAACUUACCGACAAGUUUCUGAAGAAAAAAUAAAUAUUUGCGAUACGUGUUCUUCUAUGUCGGAGGAAACGUGAGGAACUCUUUGCCGGAAACAACGUUGCACUCUUCGGUAUUCCAUAUUUCCUGCACGCGACGGUCAUGAAAACUGGUAAUGUUACCAGGACGGUAACAAAUUUUUAACGCCUCUAUUUACGGUAAAAGGUCCUUCGGCCGAAUUGUUUAUCUAUAACAUCGACCGCAAUAUUUAAAUAAAACUACUUCUAUCAAAAUAACUAUAUUGGCAAUCAAUAAAUAGUCGAUAUAUAAGCAAACUGUAAAACUAGUGUAAUGUCAAAGUAUUAAAGUACGUGAUUAAACACGCUGAACAAGUAUGCUCCUUCCUUCGUGGUUUUCACCAUAUUCGGUAGUUUACUGUUUUGCAAAAAUACGCAAAUCGUAGUUAAAUCUGGAUAUUUCUUUGCAUUUGCAUAUGAGUCUCAAUCCAUCAAAGAUUAUAUUCUUAGCCUUUUCUCUUAUAAAUAUUGACUUCGGAUUUGGAUACAGUUUUUGAUAUGAGAUUGCCAAACUGAUUUGUAAAAGUUUCUGGUAACGCGGCCAACUGUAGAAAAUUUAUAUCUUUUUGAUAAAAUCAGAAGUGAUUUGUUCACAGUGAAAUGUUAUGUUCUGUUUAUUUUAAAAAUGCUCACAAAAGUAAGUUAAUUCUUAUUUGAUUUUAUUAUUUUUACCAUAUUAUUAUUUUUUAUUGUACCCAUGUAUCCUAUAUUCAGUACAGUGACAACAUCGUCCUCGACACAUUUAUGCUCUUUUCUCUGUUGAAACUGUAUCUUUUCCUGAAUACAAAUUUAAUUUCAUCUUUAACUUCAUCCAUUUCCAAUAUAUGUCUCUUUGUAUGAACCUAACUAUUAUAAAAAAAGACUUCAUUAUUAAGACUUCAUUAUUAAGACUAACGCAACAAUAUUUUAAUAUUCGAUAAAUAGUAUGAAAUAUAUUUUAUUAUUUUUACCACAAAAAAAAAAAAAAAAAUUUUAGUCUUUUAUUAAAAGAUAAAAAAAGAAUAUAUUAAGUUUCGGAAUUAUUACACUUUUCAUUGAUAAUA